GGGUGGGGGGAGCGGGGCGGGGCGAUGGAUAAACUGACCAUCAUCUCAGGAUGUCUCUUUCUGGCCGCCGAUAUCUUCGCCAUCGCCAGCAUCGCCAACCCGGACUGGAUCAACACCGGGGAGUCGGCGGGAGCUCUCACCGUGGGCCUAGUGCGACAGUGUCAAACAAUCCAUGGACGAGACCGGACCUGCAUCCCUCCCCGGCUUCCCCCAGAGUGGGUCACCACCCUGUUUUUUAUCAUCAUGGGAAUCAUUUCCUUGACUGUCACAUGUGGUUUGCUGGUGGCUUCCCACUGGCGAAGAGAAGCUACAAAAUACGCUCGAUGGAUAGCUUUCACUGGAAUGAUCCUUUUCUGUAUGGCUGCCCUAAUAUUUCCAAUAGGAUUUUACAUCAAUGAAGUCGGAGGCCAACCUUAUAAAUUACCCAACAACACAGUAGUUGGGUCGUCAUAUGUACUUUUUGUUUUAUCGAUUUUCUUCACAAUAGUAGGACUUCUGUUUGCUGGCAAAGUCUGUUUACCAGGCUGACGAAUGUCUGAGCGGCUUAACUCUUUUUAUUUUUAUUUUUUAUUUUUAGAGGUUGGGAGGACAAAGAGAAGGCAUCUGGGCCGUCUUCUCCCAGGAGAUGCUUAGAUGAACCUGAUGCCGAAAAGGAAAAAAUGCUUUGAUUUGUUCUCACUAUGCACUUUGGAUUUAAAAAAAAAAAAAAAAAUGAGAAUGAGAGCCUUUUCCAUAACCAAAUACAAUAUUGACUAAAUCUCCUGAGCAUAUUCAGGCAGGCAGUCUGCACUGUGAUAGCAACCUAGUGAAGGAGAGUGCUUUAUACGGAAAGCAUGUGGCCCUUGUGACUCUGUUGAUCUGUUUUUAAUGUCUAAGGAUUCAUUUGAGGGGGGGAAACGUCUAGUAUUUAUGAAUCAUGAUGGACCAGAGCAGUGCAGGAGGUUCGUGUGGGGCUGGCCUCACCUCCUCAGACAUUAGUGUUCUCAGCUCCCUUGUCGUGUUAUGAGCCUUUGGCACCACAAUGGAUUGCCGUUGCAUUACUGCACCGAGAAGCCAAUAGAUCAAAACGUGUUUGCUAAAAUGUAUGUAAAAAUUCUAAAGCUCCCUAAUCUCUGUGUACAAAAGAAAAAACAAAACACUAAGAAACAAGUUUGGGGUGGGUGGGGGAAAUCUUCCUUAUAUUUAUAUAAAUAUAUAUAUAAUAUAUAUAUUUUGCUGAUGCAGUAUACAGUGUGUAUAUGUGUGUGUGUGUAUGUGUGUGUACAUUUGUAUAUGCACACAUGCAAACAGUUCCUGGAAGAGAACUCUGAAUGCUUGCUAGCAAAACACUGUGGCGUGCAACCUAGAACUCAAUAGACAAAGCCAUUUAUCUGAAGGCUGCAUAGUGGAGUCUUCAGUUACCUCAUUCUUUGUAGCAGCCCUUGAUUUUACAGGUUUCUGUAAUAGGUACAAAUAACUCCAUACUUUUCUAGGUGCAAUUUUAAGUUAAGCUAAAGAUUCUUUCUAGGUUUAAUUUAUUUGUAUAUGAUAGUAAAGGUAAGGUCAUGUCAAACCUUAUAGUUUGGGGAUCUGACA